AUCGAACAUCUUUUUUAACAAGGAAGAGGGCAAACGACGCAAUUUAAAUGACUCGUUUUUUGUGGGUGGCGGCAGAGUUUGUCAUCUUGUGCUGAAGGAAAGAUGAACGGUAUUAUUCUGCUCACACUUUUGACCAUCUGGUCAAAUGUAGAUUGUACGCCGUGCUCAUAUUCUCCAUCGCAGUGGUGUACCUCUGUGGACUCAGCCAUCGAAUGUGGGGUUCUGAAGCAGUGCCUGGAAGCCAAUGCCACCAUGCCCAACACACAGGUGCAGCCCGUGCAGGUGGAGUUGUAUUUUGAAAGUCUGUGCCCAGGAUGCCGGUUAUUCCUUACCUCACAGCUCUUUUCCACAUGGACCAUGUUGCAGGACAUCAUGAGUGUCACACUGGUGCCCUACGGAAAUGCACACGAGUCUUUUGAUGGGAAGCAGUAUCAGUUCACCUGCCAGCACGGUGAGGAGGAGUGUCUCGGCAACAUGAUCGAGACCUGCAUAUUGAAUGCUACAGGAAGCAAAGCAUUCCAGAUUGUCUACUGCAUGGAGGCCUCCACUGAUGUUAUUAAAGCGGGGGAGAAGUGUGUGGCACUCUAUGACCCGAACACCAAGUGGGACAGCAUCAUGACCUGUGUGAAGGGAGACCAGGGGAAUCAGCUGAUGCAUCAGAACGCAGUGAAGACUGGUGCCUUAAAGCCAGCCCACGACUAUGUGCCUUGGAUUGUCAUAAAUGGGGAACACACCGAUGACCUUCAGAAGAAAGCAAUGUCUUCACUCUUCACUCUGAUCUGUAGCAUGUGGAAGGGGCCCAAGCCUGAAGCCUGCGGUGCAGCUCCAAUGAAACAACACAGAAGUUACUGCCAUGACGAGUAAAUAAUCUACAUCUUACCAAUACCGCCGUAUGCCUUUGUGUUCAACUUCAAUUGCCAAAUAGGGAUGGUAAAUCUGAACUUUUUUGACACACUAUCAAUAAUGUUUUAAACUGGUUUGACUGUCGGUAUCACAUAGUUCUUCCGAUAUUCAAGAAAAGGGACGUCGUGUAUUGUAUCACAUUGCUCCGUGAAUGAGCCUUCUGUGGAAUGAGCUGUGUGAAAUAAACUCUCAGUCAUCUAUUUUUAAUGAAGGGAUGAAAUUAAAGCUAACUAUUUUAAAAUGACUCUGUCUUCACUUAAGCUGCAUUUUUAUGUUGAAUGUGACAGGUGUUUAGCCCUAUGAGAGCAGAUCUUUCGUUUUUUGACAAGCGCUGUGGUGUAAUGGAGAUGAAUACCUCAUUGAGUGAGGGCUCUUACAGUAGAAAGGCUUUGACGUGGUUGUCAUGGUUCUCCAUGGCCUCAGUCUUGCCUAGGAGAGACCGCAGUCAAACCAUUCAUAACAAGCCUCUUCCCUGGUGGUUUAAUAGAACUGCCUGUGCUGCAUUCAGUGGUGUUAAAGAGCCAUGUUAUUCUAUAUAAUGCUGAUUAUGAGAUAAAGGGUCGUGUCCUUCAAGAUCAUUUGGUUUGUCUAUUGGAGCACAAUUUUAAAAAAUGUAUACUGGUAAGAAAGAAAAAUGCAAGAUGAGAUUGAAAGUAUGAUGGCUACAAGAUUUCAGGCUUCUUGAUUAUUCUUCAGGUUGGUAGUAGGGGUUUACAGUGAAAUGAUUUGACCGUUAGGAAAGACACCUACAUACAAAGUCUCUGGGUCAAACAGGGCAGCGGAUAGGAGGGUUUUAGGAGGAGGAUAGAUUUUCCUCCAUCUUGGACAUCUUGGAAAACCUUUUGAAAAACUUCAUGUUUGUUAGGCCCAUGGUGCAUCUCUUGGUUUAUGCAUCUUAGCUUUUCUCAAACUAAGGGAUGACUGAGUUAUUGAUAAAUCGGAUUUUACAUGUCCAAUUAAAUAUUCUGUUAAUACACUUCCUAUCAUCUUGAAACUCUGUAGGGACAUCAGACAUUACCGUGAUGGACCAUUUUAAGUUUGGCAUUUAUAUCUUUAAGACAAAGGAAACUACAGUAUUAACAAUUCAUAUUUUGACUAUGUAACGCUAAUGCUUAAAAUAAUCCAUUAAAAAAUCUUGUUCCCAUAGACUAAAAGUCAGAUUCACUCCAAAUGUGUUAUUUGGACUAAUCACAAUAGUCUAAAGAGUUUGAGAAAAUAAUAUUGAUGCAUUGAAAGACGGCCACACUUUACUAAUAGAUGCAUAAUAGGACAUAGGCUAAUAUGCAAAAGAACUUCAAAAAUCUUCUCAUGAACCAUCGGACCAAAUGACACAAAUUUGGAAUAUAGGCCGAUUUUAAUGGCUUAACUUUUGUUUGAGAAAAGCUCAGGCAUUGGUCAAAAGUUGGCUGAGUUAUUGGCAAGUCAAACAUCAGAUUUGACCUGUUCAAGAAUGAGUAGCAUACUCACAGGCCUUACACACUGAUCUAAAGCUGGAGAUGCUUGUGUUGCAUAGGCCCUACCUAGUUUUGGAUGGAUGCACCAUUUUAUUGAGCCAUUUGGUUGUUUAAAACAAACCACCUUUACACAAUACGGAUUAGGAUCCCUAGUGAAUCAGUGACAAAACGGUGAAGUCUGGAUUUCUGCUUACUCGAUGUCUUUCUAAUCAAAGCAGACAUAUGACCUUUGUUCAUUUUCUAUGCAUUGUUUCUGGUGUUUUAUGAAAGACAAAAUAGUAGGCUAGGCAUAGAAAGUUAUGUCAAAACAGUUAAAUGUUGGUCUAUUUAUGGAUUUAAUUUGUCAAGUAUUUUUUAUCAUACAAAUGAUUUGAUGUGUUAAUUUAACGUACUUUUUUUUUGAGAAAUCCGAAUUCGGGCUUCAGUUGUUUUUUGUUGUUGUUGCGCAGCUUUAGCGAGUAUGAUGUCUUCAAACUCCUCCCUGUUACGCAUUUGACCACAUAACCAAAUUGCGCUUGGCAAGGGCAGGUAGGCCUAGUCAGGGGACCUGAUGAAAUAAACUGAUAUAGCAGCCUAUAUAAGUAUGGAUAGCAGCAGUCUUCGAUAGUACUGCAAAAUAUAUAUAUAUGCGAUAUUGAACCUUUUAUAGUGCCGUAGUGGACCAGUUGAAUUGGAUUUACGUCGUUGGAAUAAGAAUCAUGAUUCCUCAGUCGAGCAGAGCAUUUCUCUUCAAGAUUGCUGGUUACUGGAAGCCGCUUUUCAAAGGCAGGUUUCUAAUUGUAACCAAUACUGUGAGCUGUGGGUGUAUGCUUGCCGCCGGCGACAUCAUUCAGCAAACCAGAGAGACACGGAGGGUCCCGGAGAAGGCACGUGACUGGACGCGAACAGGUAAGGUCCACGACCAAGGACAGCAGCCGAUAAGGAGCCCGGUUUCCACCUUGUAUGAAAUAAGUUCUGAAGCGAAAUGAACCAUGUGCUAGGGGCAAGAGAGACAAUCAUAGUCAUAAAGUAGCCUAGCCGAAAUAAAAAUGCAAAGCAUACACAAUGAACUUCAACUAUAAUAUUCCAAACCAUAGGUAUAAUGAUAUGUUUUAAGUUGACAUGAUUUUAUCAUAUUAUGUUUUCCAACAUCCUAUACAGUAGUUAUGGGUUUCACUAACUGCAAAGAACGUUUCAUUUAGCUGUGUUACUGCUGCCCUCUGCAGGUUGCAUGUUUGCAGUGGGAUGCUCAAUGGGGCCCUUCAUGCACUACUGGUACCAGUGGCUGGAUAAGUUCUUUCUCGGCAACGCUUUACCUGCUGUCACCAAGAAAGUCCUCACUGAUCAGCUGAUUGCAUCACCGACCAUGGGAGCAUGGUAUUUCAUUGGUAUGGGAAAGAUGGAGGGCCAAAGUCUAUCUGAGGGGUUAGAGGAAUUCAAAGAAAAGUUCUGGGAGUUCUACAAGGCGGACUGGUGUGUUUGGCCCGCGGCACAGAUGAUCAACUUCUACUUCUUGCCUCCUAAGUUCCGUGUCCUCUAUGUCAAUGUCAUCACCCUGGGGUGGGACACCUACCUCUCCUACCUCAAACACCGAGACAAUGUUGAAGGAAACACUGCAUAUGUCACUGAGUUGAAUGAGCCAGAACUGGAAGUGUCAGGGUCAGCAACCAAACAGUUGAAAGAGAAGCUCUAACAUUGGAUUGGUGUCAUUUGAGAGCAUCGCCGGACUUGAAUUCCAUGUCAAUGUCACUGACCAUGACCAUGGCAACAUUCCUUAUGUGUGCCUUAAAAGCACUACCUAUUUCAACAGUUUUAUACUAAACUAUGGUGAAAAAUGUUGCGCCCAGACAAUGCAUACCACAUGUACUGUAUAGUGCAUGCAUUUUCCACUAUAGCCUAAAGCGUUGUCUGGUUGUUGUUGUAUUUAGUGUCUAGUUGAUUAGUAUAUGAAGGCAAUGUCCCGGUCAUCAUCUCAGUUGCUAAUCUACCAACCUAUUAAUGAGAGUGAGACUUGUUUCAGGUGUGCCACAGUUUACUUCUACUACUAUAAUGUAAUAUAUGUUGUUUACCCAGUCAAACCUGUUUAAGUAAUGACUGAUGUGCAGAAAGUUACGCAUAUCAUUCUUGUGUAAUAGGCAUAGGCUAAUAAUAAUAUAUGUCUAGUAGGUGACAUGAAUUACUCCCAUUUAAUGAUCCUAUCAUUUAUUUAUAGGAAUAGCUUUUAAAUUAUCUCUUUUAAUUUCAACGAUUUCUUUACUGGUAUGGUUUGAAUGUAUUAAUAUCGAAUAGUAUUUAUAAUAUGCCUGUAGAUUUCUUAGGUUUAUAUUGAGGUUGAAUAAAUGCCUUACAAUACAGUAUA